AUGAAGGGAUGGGGUGCCAACCUGGGUCGUGACCUCCGCGAGCGAAAAAAGGCCUUGCUGACCGCCAUUCAGGCACUUGACCUCCGUGCUGACACGGUCGGCCUAUCCCCUGAUGAGUGGCUCUCUCGGUAUGACCUGGAAGACCAACUCUCCAUCAUCUACACAGACGAGGAAGCUUACUGGCGUUUGCGGGGUUCCCAUAAAUGGGUCCUGAAGGGCGACGCGAACACGGCCUACUUUCAGGCCAUAGCAAACGGCCUCCGUAGACGCAACACCAUCCCCCUCCUCUGGGACGGUCCGUCCCUUCUGCAUUCGCCGAGCGACAUUAGGACCCAUGUCGACGGGUUCUACCGAUCCCUUUUCUCCGCCUCUCCCAGGAGCGGCCUUUCUCUGGCCCUCGAUUGCUGGUCCGGCCGCCAGCUUGUCUCCGCUGCGGAGAAUGCCGCUCUCACGGCCCCAUUCUCGGAGGAUGAGGUCUGGGCGGCCAUUAGAGGCAUGAAUCCCUCCUCGGCCCCGGGUCCGGACGGCCUUCCGUGA